AUGGCCACUUCUCCGGCGCACUCUUCUGCUUCCUCCUAUUGUUCACUCAACGUUGUCACCCUGCCGCCCGCUCCAGCCUUCAUGAUCCAAAUCAUCAACAUCAGGUCACACGCCCCGGUGACCCUCGACAUCAACGAGUCCAACUACAACCAAUGGAGGUGUUUCUUAGACUCCAUCCUUGGCAAAUUCGGCCUCACCGCACACGUCUCCUCGCCGCCGCCCUUAGAUCAGCACGACACCAAGUGGGUGAUGACUGACCACGUCGUUGUGAACUGGAUAUACACCACCAUCUCGAAGAGUGUCUUCGACAUCGUCUACCGGUUGCGCUCCAAUGCCUUUACCAUAUGGGACGCCGUCGAGAGCCUCUUCCGUGACAACAAGCUCCAGCAGGCCGUCUACCUGGAAGCUAGGUUUCACACUCUCCAGCAGGGCGAGAUGAGCAUCACCGACUACACUACUCGCCUCAAGACGCUCACCGACAACCUGCGUGACGUCGGCCAACCUAUCUCCGAGCCAAGCCAGGUGCUCAACCUGCUCUGCAACCUCAAUCCGAAGUACCAGCAUGUGAAGCCCAUCAUUACCACCAAGUUCCCGUCGCACACAUUUAUGAGUGCAUGUUCUUACCUCCUCUUGGAGGAGUUGUGCGCUCAUCACGACGAAAAGAUGGACGUCGGUCAAGAUCUCUACGCUGGCCAUAGCUCAUCCCCCAACAACGCCGAUGGGAACAAUGACACCUCUUUGGGCUCAGGUGGCUCCAAGAACUGGUCGCACACCAAAAAGCGUGACCGCGACUGUAGCUCCGGAUCCAGCACCAACGAUGGAUCUGGUCCUCACAACAGCACCAACACCGACUCCAGUGGCCACGCUAAACAUCCUUCUGCCCCUAGGCUUCCUUGGGUCACAGACUACAACCCUUGA